GCGCCUCUCUCAGUCGUUACUUCCGCUCUUCAAGUAGGAGUCGGGGUGUCCCCCAUUUUUCUCAGUAGGCGGCGGCGGCGGUUUGAGAUGUUCGGCCUCAAGAGAAACGCAGUAAUCGGACUCAACCUCUACUGUGGGGGGGCCGGAUUGGGACCGGGUAGCGACAGCGGCGCCUCCCCUCCGGGGAGGCGGCUUUUGGCUGCGGGAAAGGAGGCCACGGCCGGGCGAGAGGUAGGGGGAGGGGAAGCCGGCGAGGUGAUUGGCGGAAGCGCCGGCCCGAGCCCCCCGGCCACUCUCGCGCCCGACGCCCGGAGGGUCGCGCGGCCCUCGCCCAUUGGCGCCGAGGGCCCCGACGUCACCGCGACCCCCACCAGGCUGCUGUUCUUCGCGCCCACCCGCCGCGCCUCGCCGCCCGAAGAGAUGGAAUCCUCGGCCUCCGACGCCAUCAUGUCUCCCGAAGAGGAGCUGGACGGGUGCGAGCCGGAACCUCUAGGGAAGCGGCCGGCCGUCCUGCCUUUGCUGGAGUUGGUCGGCGAGGCCAGUAACAGCCCCGGCAAGGACGGCUCACUCCCCUCGACGCCGCCCCCAGCAGAGGAAGAGGAGGAUGAGUUGUACCGGCAGUCCCUGGAGAUUAUCUCUCGAUACCUCCAGGAGCAGGCAACCGGCACCAAGGACGCGAAGCCACUGGGCGGGUCUGGGGCCGCCAGCCGGAAGGCGUUAGAGACCCUGCGACGGGUCGGGGACGGUGUGCAACGGAACCACGAAACGGCCUUCCAAGGCAUGCUUCGGAAACUGGACAUCAAAAACGAAGACGAUGUCAAAUCUUUGUCUCGAGUGAUGGUCCAUGUUUUCAGUGACGGAGUAACAAACUGGGGCAGGAUUGUGACUCUCAUUUCUUUUGGUGCCUUUGUGGCCAAACACUUGAAGAGUAUAAACCAAGAAAGCUGCAUCGAACCAUUAGCAGAAAGCAUCACAGAUGUUCUCGUAAGGACAAAACGAGACUGGCUAGUCAAACAAAGAGGCUGGGAUGGGUUUGUGGACUUCUUCCAUGUAGAGGACCUAGAAGGCGGCAUCAGAAAUGUGCUGCUGGCUUUUGCAGGUGUUGCCGGAGUAGGAGCUGGUUUGGCGUAUCUAAUAAGAUAGCCUUUUAAGUGCAAUAAUUGACUCUUAACCAACUCCAGCCACCAAAACCACAUACGCCUGCUGUGAAAUCAGAUGUAUUUAUGAAAUUGGACUUCAGGCUGUGCAGGCCAUAAUCUCCAAGAGUUCUAUGCUAGCAACGGAGAAAA